GGAAUACUGACAAUGUCUGUUGUCUUUUUUUUUUUAUUCAAGGAUUUACAAUCCAUGAAUUGAGAGAUAAAACAAAACCGCAUGUACGGUCUCAAGUCAGACUCAAGCUCUUAAAGCCACUGGAUGGUUUGCAUCAACAGGAAACUCUUUAGGUUUUACCAGAUAGUGUGGAAACAGACAGUAGUGUUAAAGAUACAUUACAUUGUUUCUUUCUUCCAACAGCACAGUCAGUGAGUAACCAGCAUCACUCUUAUUUUCAUCAUUUCAAGCACUUUGAAGGACAGUUAGAAAUGGGUCGCUACACUGGGAAAAGUUGUCGCUUGAUUUGUAUGCUGGGAACCAUGUCGUUGUUUUUCUCAGCCGAAAUAGUGUCAGGAUACAUCGGAAACUCCAUAGCACUCAUCUCGGACUCCUUUAACAUGCUAUCAGACAUCAUAUCGCUCUCCGUCGGCUUGCUAGCCACCCGUGUUAGGCGCCGUAACGGAUCAAGGCGCUGGAGUUACGGCUUGGCCCGAGUCGAGGUCGUCGGUGCGCUGGCCAAUGCCGUCUUCUUGGCUGCCCUUUGCUUCACCAUCUGUGUCCAGGCACUGAAGCGGCUUGUUUCACCGGAGGCCAUUGACAAGCCGGAGCUGGUGCUGGUCGUCGGUUCAGUAGGUCUGGGCAUUAACAUAGUGGGGCUUCUCAUCUUCCAGGACUGCCGGUGGUUGUGCAGGAGAACCAAGCGUCAAGCAUCGCAGGGCAUGCAGACGACCGUGGACGGGGAAGCAGGUUAUCCAGAACAGACAGACUUAGAAGAAGUAGACCCAAGUGAGGAAGAUGGUCAACCCCUCAAUAUCAGAGGAGUGUUGCUCCACGUGCUGAACGAUGCCAUGGGUUCACUUGUGGUGGUGGUGACCUCAAGUCUAUUUUAUGUGUGGCCUGUGAACAGCGGGGAGCCCUGCCGCUGGCAGUGCUAUGUGGACCCCAGUCUGACACUGGUGAUGGUGGCUAUAGUCAUGUCCUCUGGGGUUCCUCUGGUCAAAGAGACAGCAACCAUAUUGCUGCACAGGAUUCCUCAUGACAUGAACUUUACAGGUGUCGUGGAAGAUGUGUGCAGGCUGCAUGGAGUCCUCAGUGUUCAUGAGGCCCAUAUGUGGGAGCUGACAAAGGGACGGUAUGUGGCCACCUUUCAUGUCAGAGUCACCCCUGAUCUCCACAGCUCCCACUCUGGAAUCAUAACCCUCCACCGACAGAUCAGAGAGGUGUGCCACAGGGUCCGGAUCCACAGUGUGACCGUUCAGCUGGAGUUCGGAGAGCCAGUUCUAAAUGGCACCCGUUGCAGCACCCCCUGCCUGUCCUCUUCCUGCCUGAAAGUCUCCUGCUGCCCAACUGACGUUACGGCGCUCACAGCCUGCAAAGCAAACCUGUCCCUUUACCCUGAACCAACCAUAGACAUGUAUGAUAAGAGUAUGCUUAAAGAACAGGAGGCAAUGCAAUCAAUUAGUACUCUGUCUACAGUCACAAAGUUUUAACUGAUUUCUUAGAGACGUAAAGUGAUACUCAUUGGAAGCUUUGGUUUGUUUUGUCGUUGACCAAACUAAAAUAGGAGGAGGAAAAAAAACCUGUUAUUUAAAGAGUAGUUUGAAGGGGUACACUAGUAGUAUUUAAACUGCUGUGUUAAAUAACUUAUGUUUUUAGCCUCAUAUCUCCUAAGCCUGCGACUUUAAAAUCCCUCUUGGACUAGAUCAAAGAGAUGCUGCUCAUGGUGGUUUAUUAUUGAUUUUUUUCUUCUUUUUGCGCUUGUUUUUGUUGGUCACUUAUGAAGAGGUAUAAGCAACAAUUAAAAGUGACAUGAGUUACAGAUGAAUGACAGGUUAUUAAACUUCAAGGGAACCUAAAAUUAUGCUCAUCAAAGCAUCUCUCAGCUCUAAAAGAGAAGGCUUUGUUUUGCAAAACGAAAAAAAAGCUUUUUUGUACAUGUGUAUAUGUAAUUUGUAUAUACAAAUCUAAUUUUGUAGCUUCAGUACUGUUAUGUUGGAAUUUAUGUAUUGUUCAUACUAUACCUCAGCAACUCUUGACUGAUGUUGACUGAUAAUAAAAAUGUGAAAAAAUGCCAA